GUCACUGGUAAUUAAUCUUCCUUUUUAAGAUCUCAUUUAAACCCUUCAUCAUUUCCGCUUUUCAUUCACCUAAAUUAUUACCCCUGCCUUUUUUUUUCCAUUACCAAUAGAUCUUGCUUGACCGAAACUCACCCACCUAUGGGGACUUAGAAAUGUGAGCUCCACAAAGCUUUGCUAGUUUGGCAUGCGGAUAUAUGAGAAAGGUGCAGGCAUUCAACUGAGAGUAAAUUCUGUAAAUUGUCACAAAUUUUAUUGACUUGCAAUAAUGAGUGGAAAAAUAACCACAGGACCUCUUGAACGACCAGUCAGGCUAAGUAUGGAAAAGAUUGACAUUGAAAAUACUGAGGAGGAUAGGAAGGCAAGGCUUGGGUCAUUCAAGAAAAAGGCACUUAAUGCCUCCAACAAAUUUAGACAGUCUCUAAGAAAAACUGGCCGUAAGAACAGUAGGGUCAUGUCUGUUGUCUUCGAGGAUGAGCAUGAUGUGGAGGAAUCAAAGGAAGUUGAAGCCUUCCGUCAAGUACUUAUCCUGGAGGAAUUACUUCCUGUACAGCAUGACGAUUAUCAUAUGAUGCUAAGGUUCUUGAAGGCCAGAAAAUUUGAUCUUGAAAAAACAAAGCAGAUGUGGUCCGAUAUGAUUUAUUGGAGGAAAGAAUUUGGUGCAGACACUAUCAUGGAGGACUUUGACUUCAAAGAAAAGGAGGAGGUCCUCAAGUAUUAUCCCCAAGGGCAUCAUGGAGUUGACAAAGAUGGAAGACCAGUUUAUAUUGAAAGAAUUGGUCAAGUAGAUUCCACCAAGCUCCUGCAAGUCACAACAAUGGAUCGAUAUCUCAAGUACCAUGUGCAGGAGUUUGAGAGGACAUUCAAUGAAAAAUUACCAGCUUGCUCUAUAGCAGCCAAAAAACAUAUUGAUACAAGCACAACUAUUUUGGAUGUGCAAGGAGUGGGACUUAAAAAUUUCAACAAAUCAGCAAGGGAACUCCUUCAAUGCCUCCAAGGCGUUGAUGGUAACAAUUAUCCUGAGAGCUUGUGCCGUAUGUAUAUCAUCAAUGCUGGUUCUGGAUUCAGGCUUUUAUGGAACUCAGUCAAGUCAUUCCUAGACCCCAAGACUACUGCUAAAAUAAACGUUCUCGGUAACAAAUACCAGAGCAAGUUGCUUGAAAUAAUUGAUGCCAGCGAACUUCCAGAAUUCUUAGGUGGUACAUGCACUUGUGCUGACAAAGGAGGAUGCAUGCUUUCUGAUAAAGGCCCAUGGAAUGAUCCAGAAAUAAUGAAGAUGGUUCACAGUGGUAUGCAUAAAUGCACGAAGAAAGCCACCAUUCCAGAGGAUGGGAAUGCCAAUCCAAAGGAUGUAAAGAAGAGCAGAUCUAUUAAUACGAGAACAUCCUCUUCCAAGGUCCAGAGGGAUCAUGUGUCUCAUACACAGCUCUCCACUGUCCAUGAGGAAGUUGACAUAAAGAAAAAUCAUCCUAGUGCAUAUGAUCAUGAUAAGUACAUCACUAUGGCGGACAAAGUAAUUGAAACAACAAUGCCGAAAGCUACAAAAACCAACGGUUACACCAUUUCUAAAGAUUUCUUACCCAUGCACGACAUUUCUAAGUCACCUGAGGGAUUUAGCAAUCACCUUUUCACCGGAGUGAUGACAUUCGUUAUGGGCGUCGUCACAAUGGUCCGAAUGACCCGCAACAUGCCAAGAAAGCUUACGGAUUCAACCCUUUUGUCUGGUUCAUUAAAAGGCGUUGAUAUGGUUAAACCACAGGCUCAAGAAUAUCAAUUGAGUGGACCUGCCAUCUCGAAUAACGAGUACUUCAGCAUGAUGAAACGCAUGGGAGAGCUCGAGGAGAAGGUUAUUAUUCUUAGCAACAAGCCUAGUUCCUUACCACCUGAAAAAGAGGAAAUGCUUAACAAUGUCAUGAGUCAUGUUGAUAAAUUGGAGCAAGAGCUUUGUGCAACCAAAAUGGCACUGGAGAAAGCCCUAGCCCGUCAAGAAGAGCUCUUAGCCUACAUUGAGAAGAAGAAGAAAAAAAAGAAUUUCUUUGGUUUCUGACCGCGGAUGCAACAACAAGAAAUGCUGUUUGAAUGACAUGACACUUAAGCUUAUUUACAUUCAGCAUGCAAGUUACUAUAAGCUAUAUGAUCUGAACUGCUAUAGCUUGUAGUGGCUUUAUUUUAGUCCUCUUGGCUAGAUUUCAUUCAACAGGAAUUCUUUUGUGAGCUCUAAUAGUAAUAUACAGAGUAUUUUACAAAUUAAGCGGCUUGCAUUUUUGGUUCUUAGUUUUCUGUAUAUUUGGAUAAUAACAGUUUGGAUUAGUUCUAAUUGUUGCCUUGCAAGGUAGA